UUGAAAGAAUACAUUGUUGAGGUGGAUUCUGAUAGCUGCAAAAAGGAAAAAAGAAAGAAAACCCUUGACAUAAUUACACUAGUGCAUUUGCUUAUAUAAGCUCGUAUCUCCUCCUAGCUCACUCUGAUGCAGAAAGGAAAAGAGAGAAACAGUUUAUGGAGUCCUCCUUGCCUCAACUGUUCAACAACGCAAAGCCAUUUUUGGCUGUGAUUUUGGUGCAGUUUGGUUAUGCGGCGAUGUCCAUAAUCGCAAAAUUUGCUCUGAAUCAGGGGAUGAGCCCACAUGUAUUGGUAGUUUACAGGAUGGCAGUUGCCUCUGCUCUCAUUGCCCCAUUUGCCAUUGUUUUAGAAAGGAAAUCAAGGCCAAAGAUGACACUCACUAUCUUUGCCAAGAUAAUGUUGAUCAGUUUAUUAGAGCCGGUGCUUGAUCAUAACUUGUACUACACCGGGUUGAAGUAUACUACUGCGACGUUUACAACUGCUAUGUGCAAUUUGCUUCCUACCUUCACCUUCGCAAUGGCUUGCAUCUUCAAGCUAGAGAGGGUGGAGAUCAGGAGGGUUCAUAGCCAGGCAAAGGUAGUCGGGACGAUGGUGACAGUCGGAGGAGCAAUGGUGAUGACUCUGAUCAAGGGGCCUGUUCUAGAAUUGCCAUGGACAAAGGGCAGGAACCACCUUGAUCAAUCUGGUGCAAGCGGAGGUCACGAGCAUGAUUUGAUGAAGGGUACUCUCAUGCUCAUGGCAGGUUGUUGCUGCUGGUCUUGUUUCAUCAUUUCGCAAGCAGUGAUCCUAAAGUCAUACCCGGCUAAGCUCUCCCUCGCGGCUCUGAUAUGCACCAUGGGCACGGUGGAAGGCACCAUUCUGGCAUUUGCAGUGGAAUGGCGCAACACUUCAGUCUGGCUCUUUCACUUGGAUUCCAAAUUCAUAGCUGCUCUCUACGGUGGAAUGAUCUCUGCUUUCGCUGUAACUACACUGGGAUCAGUAAUGAAGAAAAGGGGUCCUGUUUUUGUGAGUGCUUUUAAUCCUUUAAGCUUGGUCAUUGUCGCAAUUCUAGGCUCCUUUCUCCUGGCUGAGGAAAUAUGUCUAGGAAGGGUGAUUGGAAGCAUUAUUAUUGUUAUUGGCUUAUAUCUAGUUUUGUGGGGUAAGAGCAAGGACGAACCUCAGUCUAAACCAGACAGCACGUUAGUACGAGCUGAUCAGCAGAUGGCAACGAUUAAUGACGAGAUCCAGAGUUCAUCACCGUGGAUGCGGACAGAGGGACACCCCUAGAAGAAUCUAAUUGAAAACAUAUUGGAAGUUUGAGAUUUCAGUAUGCCUGUG